GCUCACAGCCACAUCUCUGUUUGUACGGUGCUGUUUUCUCUCUCUCUCUCUCAGUGCAGCAGCAGCAGCUGAAGUCUAUGUUCAUUGCUAACCUGAUCAACCCAGGAUGUGGCUUCUCUGUGACAUCACACCCAGAUGUUUUUCCAGGCCACGCCCCCACGGGGCUCUGAAACACUCAGAGGAGCAAUAACGGAGAAAGCUUAUUCUACUGUCACAAUGCAAUGGACGGGUUAGAGAAACUGCAUUUUUGUCAUUUCAUUGCACUCUAGAAGAUCAACAUUAAUUCCCACUUAAAGCAACAAGCUGCCAGAGUUAUGAUUUUUUCUUUCAUUGGACUUUAAAUGCCUUUUCUCUUUAGUGACAAGCUGGGUGCAAUCUUCACAAACAGAGUGCAUUUAGAAUAGCUGUUCAGUCAGCUCUGGCUUCUACAAAGGGAUCCUAAGAAAUAGGAGGGGAAAAGUCUGCUUGGUUUUGUAUUUUUUUUUUAAAAGGGAAAACGUGCAAUUUUUUUUUUAAACACACCUAUGAAAAAUGGCAACAGCAGCAUACGUGGAUCAUUUUGCAGCCGAGUGCCUUGUUUCUAUGUCCAGUCGUGCUAUUAUCCACAGUCCCAAAGGGGACGCAGAUCCCCGACCUGAUGCAGCAGUACCUCCUCCUCUAUCAAAUGGAGAAAAUAAGCGGGAAGUAAGAGAGACCGGGAAAGACAAUGGAUCGUCGCUGUUUGUGGUGGCCAGGAUUUUAGCAGAUCUUAACCAGCAUGUCCCAAAUUCUGCCACCGUUCGGAUGGAAAAAACAGAGAGCAUCGAUAACAGGGAAAAACUAAGUCCUUCUUUUCCUCCUCAGGAGUUUGGGGAGGAAAGUGUCUCCCCAGCCGGCAAGCGUGGAGAAGGAAAAGCAGCCACACCUACUAGCCUGGCUGCAGUAAGCGAGCCAAGCCCCAAACAAAGGAGCAGACGGGGAAGAAACCGGGCUGACCCCGAGUCACCCCAGAAAAAGCACAAAUGCCACUACGUGGGGUGCGAAAAAGUUUAUGGCAAAUCUUCCCAUCUCAAAGCUCAUCUAAGGACCCACACAGGAGAGAGGCCUUUUGAAUGCAGCUGGCAAGAAUGCAACAAGAAAUUUGCCCGCUCCGACGAACUGGCCCGGCACUACCGCACUCACACUGGAGAGAAGAAGUUCGGCUGCCCUCUCUGCGAGAAACGUUUCAUGCGCAGCGAUCACCUGACGAAGCAUGCCCGUCGCCAUGCCAACUUCCACCCCAGCAUGCUCAAGAGGCGGAGCGGCAGCAGCUCCAGAACGGGGUCUGUCAGUGACUAUAGCCGUUCGGAUGCAUCAAGCCCCACCAUCAGCCCCGCCAGCUCCCCAUAAACCUACCUGCACUGGAUGUCAGCACUUUGCCUCUGACACUUAUUGUGGAGUUGAAUUUGUGUUGCACACGGUUUUAAAACUGUCGCUUAUUUUGUUUUGUUUUUUCAAAUCAGUAAGUAGCUGCCUCUCACUGCAACUUCAAAACAAGAACUCUUCACCUCACCAAACAGGUGGCUGGUCUAACCUCACGGACAGACGGAUCUUAAUGUUCCACUUAGUGGCUCCUGCUGCCUCAAUAUUUCAUAUGUUUUACAGCCAUACACAGAUGCUCUUGAUUGUUGUUUAUAUAUAAAAAACCCAUAAAACCUUAAAAAACCUAUCCAUAAUUCACCUCAGGUGUCCGAGCAGUUUUGAGAGAUCGGAUUGCACAACACAAGCAUAUAUACAGUUACAAUUCAGUUGUGUUGGGCUUUCUCCCCCCACCCCCUUCUCCUUUCUCAGGGAUGGCUAUUUAUAUUACACAAUAAGUACAAUGAAGACAUACCUUUGCCACAACCUUACUCGGUAAAUAUAUUUGCACUCAGAAAUAUUUUGUUAGUUUUUUUCACACACGUGGAGAAAAAACAAACAAACUAGUACUGGAAGUUAGUGCCAGGCUCUUUUAUUGUUUGAUUUCAGUUACAUCCUACCUUUGGGGGGCCCACUUUUUCAUGCAGCUGCCCUUUGCUUUUGAGAGCAAGCAAUCCUUUCAUUUCUCACCGCAGAUGCUCCAAAAACCAACUUCCUGUUGCAAAAAGCUUCCUGUCCGAGUUGGAUAAACUUUUCUUUUUAAAGCUAGAUUAACUUCCAAGAAAGAUUUCUAAACGAGAUGCCUUAAUCAAAGAAUCUAAACACAAGGAAACACAUUGACACUGGGUAACAGCUUUUCCAGCAAGGUGGUAUGGAAUUUUGGAGGCAUUUUGUCUUCUAUCUCUCUGAGUUAUAAGCUCUUUCUGCACUGCCUAUCGAAUAUGGGACCAACGAAAUAUUAAAGCAAACCACAUUGACUUGAACAACUUUCUUCCCCCCCCCCCACUUAAAAAAAAAAAAAGAACGGAGAAAACCUUGUAGCUGAACCAAUGCCCAUCAAAACUU